CCUCGCUCCCCCCUUUUCUUCCUUUCUUUUUUUCCCACGUUGCGGCGCCACCUCCCCCUCCCCUCUCACACUUACCACCUGCCCCCACGCUCCGCCUCGCUAGGGUUUCUCUGGGUUUUUGGACCGCGCCGCCACGCACCCCGCGGCCGCCGGAUCGCCACCAUGGCCGCCGUCGCCCCCGCCGCCGGACAUGCUGCGGAUUUACUGCAGAACCUGUCCCUGGAUCCUAAGAGCGAAGGCGGCAAGGGCCCAGAGACGAAGGAUAAGGCGUCGGGAGGGCUGAAUGGUGUGUCGAAGGGUGUGGUGUUGUCUCCAAACCCUCCAGCGUUGUCAGUGGAGCCGUGGGCACAGCAGGAUUACAAGGAUGCUGCGAUGUACUAUGGCUACCCUGGAGCUUACUACUGUGGAGGUUGGGGUGAUUACUCGGUCUAUGUGAGCCAGGAUGGAACCGAUGCACUUUCCUCUGGUGUUUAUGGGGACAUGUACUGCUAUCCUCAAUAUGGCGUUGCUGAUGGUCAGAUUUAUGGAUCUCAGCAGUACCAGUAUCCAUCCACAUACCACCAGCCGAAGACUACUGCCAGCAAGCCAGCAUACAAGGCUAAAACUGGCAAAUCAACUCCUUCAUCACAAGAAGAUGUUUCUACUGCAACUGCUGCUGAUCAGCAGCCUGUCUUGUUGGAUGCCUCCAAAACCAGUUCGAAGAGCAUUGAUGGUGUAAAAGGUCUUAAGAAGGAGACUUUGCCUAUGAAACCAAAUGAGCGUUUGAGUAGUUACCAGAAUCAAGGUAGCAAAGCAGCCUAUCCAUGGUCUGGUGCCCGUACCUCUUCAGAGAAGCAUCCGAAACUCUCUGGUGGCAGUCCUACGUCAACGGCCUCUAAUCGUAGUAACAAGGGCUUCAAUGGGCAAAACUCUCCGAUGGGGCCACCAUCAUCUGGAUUCAUGAGUUCAAUAUACUCUGGUAAUGGAAUGUACAACACAAACGCUUACACACCUAGCUUUUGGUAUGGAUCUCAUGUCUAUGGUCCGGGGAUGUAUGGUGGGUGGAAUGCGUUGUCGAAUGGAAAGUACAGGCCUAGAGGAAGAACUUAUGGAUCUUAUGGUUUUGGCAAUGAAAACUUGGAUGGCUUGAAUGAGUUGAAGCGUGGACCAAGAAGUGGUCUCUUCAAAAACCAACAGGGUUCUGCAGCUGUUGAUGCAAAAGGACAGGAGCUUCCCACCAGUGAUGGAUCCAAUGCUGUUAAGCAGGAUGAGUACAACCGUGCUGAUUUUGUUGAGACCUACUCAGAUGCCAAAUUCUUUAUUAUUAAAUCAUACAGUGAGGAUGAUGUUCACAAGAGCAUCAAGUACAAUGUUUGGGCAAGCACCCCUAGUGGAAAUAAAAAGCUGGACGCUGCUUAUCUAGAGGCUAAGGAAAAAUCGAGCAGUUCUCCUGUGUUCCUGUUGUUCUCUGUUAACACCAGCGGACAGUUUGUUGGUCUGGCUGAGAUGGUGGGCCGGGUUGAUUUUAGCAAGACGGUGGAAUACUGGCAGCAAGACAAGUGGACUGGUUGUUUUGCUGUCAAGUGGCACAUUGUGAAGGACAUUCCUAACAGCUUGUUGAAGCACAUCAUUCUUGAGUAUAAUGAAAACAAACCAGUGACAAACAGCAGAGAUACGCAGGAGGUUAAGCUUGACCAAGGCCUUCAAAUGUUAAAGAUUUUCAAGGAUCAUGUCUGCAAGACAUCCAUCUUGGAUGACUUUGGCUUUUAUGAUAACCGUGAAAAGAUAAUGCAAGAGAAGAAAUCAAGGCGUCAGUAUCCAGUGGAGAAGGUCAUGAACAGAAAGUUGCUUACCACCAACAAUGCUGAAAAUGAAGCCACUGAUGGGAAGCAGUGUCUGCAGAAACCUGAGGAUGUUAAGAAUGCUGAGGUGGAGAAUGGUGCAGUGGCUGCUAAUGGUGUUGCCCCAAGGGAGCAAACUGCUGUGGUAGAAAAUGGUGCGGUGGCAGUAGCUGCUAAUGGUGUCGCCCCGGAAGACGCUAACCCAACAACCAAAGUGGUGGCAGUUGCAAAUGGCUGUUAAUUUUUGCUGCAGGCAACCAGCUGUUCGAGCUCGGUGCAAGGAGACAAAGCUUAUGUGCCGCAGAAAGCUGCUGCUGUUCAAGCCAUUCAAGAUCCUGCCAUGUUUUUUGUUCUCUUUGAUUUUCGUUUGCAAUGCUGCUAGGUUGCAGAAGGGUGCAGUCUAAGGCGAUUCUGUAUCUGGCUAGGGUCCUCCUUUUCGUUGCUUCUUCUGUACUAUUUUCCCUGUGAUUGGUUGUGUCGUCUGGGAGUUGAGUUUGGUUAGCGUGAGAUAGAGGUCAGCUGUUCCUGUUCCGGCGAGGUGCGUUGUCUUUUUGUAUUGUCUUUUGGAGUUGUACCUAGGUGUGGUGAGAUCUGUAAGGGUUCUCGAAGUGAAUGAAUGAUAGUGGUUUUGGGAUGGUUUAUUUCUUUCACUCUGUUCCUCUCCAACCUUUUGAUUUCUGAAAGUCCCUGAAGUCCUGAA